AUGCCUCCCUCAACGCCGCAACCCCAAGAUGAUUCCCACCAGCAACUACUCGAUCAGAUGGACAUCUACUACACGCCCAAGCCCUUCCGCAACUCGCACUGGAAACCCAGUACGCGACGGAACAAGAACAUCAAGCAGAUCAUCUCCGAAUCGCAACGAAAGGAAGCAUCCGUGCUCGCAACUCAGAAUAACUCUGGCGCAUCGACGCCUCAACCCGCUACGGGCGCAAACUCAGACGGCGCAUCCACGCCUGCCUACCUCUCCUCUCCCGCGGCCGCCUCGAAACCCCUCAACAUGGCCCAGGCGACGCAGAGCUUGAGCACGCUGGUCCUGGAAAGAAAUUUACAGAGAGAGAGGGCGUCGAAUACUGCCCUCCUAGGAUUGAGCGGAGUGGGAGGACCAGCCGUGACCUACACGAACAUCGAGAGCGCUCCCAGUUUGCAUCCUGCGAACCACAAACACUACUGCGACAUUACUGGCUUGCCAGCCAAGUAUACAGAUCCUAAGACGAAGCUGAGAUACUACGACCAGGAGAUCUUUGCGGUGGUGAGGAGUUUGCCGCAAGGAGCGCCGGAUCAAUAUCUUGCGGCGAGAGGAGCGAAUGUUGUCCUCAAGUGA